AUGGCGCUGCGCGCCCGGGCGCUGUACGACUUCAGGUCGGAGAACCCGGGCGAGAUCUCUCUGCGAGAGCACGAGGUGCUGAGCCUGUGCAGCGAACAGGACAUUGAGGGCUGGCUGGAGGGGGUCAACAGCCGCGGCGACCGCGGGCUUUUCCCGGCCUCCUACGUGCAGGUGAUCCGCGCCCCAGAGCCCCCGAGCGCGCCCAGCGGCGACAGCCACGGCCAGGCGGCCCGCUACGCCAACGUGCCACCGGGUGGCUUCGAGCCGCUGCCCCCGCCCGCCGCCGCGGCGUCCUCAGCCGCUGCAGCGCCACUGGCGCUGUCCCUGGCGAGCUCCUUCAAACCGCUGCCCGCCGACAGCUUCCAGCCUGGGCAGCCGCCGCCCCCGGCCGCCGCGGGCUUUCCGUAUGGAGCGGCGAGCGGGGCCCUGCAGCCCUCUUCGGCGCAGCCGCUCUACGGCAGCGGCUACCAGCCCAGCCAAGGGAGCGACGACGACUGGGACGACGAGUGGGACGACAGCUCUACUGUGGCAGACGAGCCCGGGGUUCUAGGCAGUGGCUCCUACCCGGACUACGACGGCUCCUCCUCCGGAGGUGGUGGUGGCUGCGCGCCUGGACGAUAUCGCCUGUCCACGCGCUCCGAUUUGUCCCUGGGUUCCCGGGGCGGCCCGGCCCACGCGCAUCCCCAGCACCACCCCCCGCCGUCGGGGGCCAAGAGCUCUGCUACGGUGAGCCGCAACCUGAACCGCUUCUCCACCUUUGUCAAAUCGGGCGGUGAGGCCUUCGUGUUGGGGGAGGCCUCGGGCUUCGUGAAAGACGGUGACAAGCUGUGCGUGGUGCUGGGGCCCUAUGGCCCCGAGUGGCAGGAGAACCCCUACCCCUUCCAAUGCACCAUCGACGACCCCACCAAGCAGACCAAGUUCAAGGGCAUGAAAAGCUACAUCUCCUACAAACUAGUGCCCACCCACACCCAGGUGCCCGUGCACCGGCGAUACAAGCACUUCGACUGGCUCUAUGCUCGCUUGGCGGAGAAAUUCCCUGUCAUCUCUGUGCCCCACCUGCCUGAGAAACAGGCCACUGGGCGCUUCGAGGAGGACUUUAUUUCCAAGCGCAGGAAAGGACUCAUUUGGUGGAUGAACCACAUGGCCAGUCAUCCCGUGCUAGCCCAAUGUGAUGUCUUCCAGCACUUCUUGACCUGCAGCAGCAGCACGGAUGAGAAGGCCUGGAAACAGGGCAAGAGGAAAGCUGAGAAGGACGAGAUGGUGGGAGCGAACUUUUUUUUGACGCUGAGCACCCCUUCUGCUGCUGCUCUGGACCUGCAAGAAGUGGAAAGUAAGAUCGAUGGCUUCAAGAGCUUCACCAAGAAGAUGGAUGACAGUGCCCUACAGCUCAAUCAUACAGCCAAUGAAUUUGCUAGGAAGCAAGUGACUGGCUUCAAGAAGGAAUAUCAAAAGGUGGGACAGUCCUUCCGAGGGCUCAGCCAAGCUUUUGAACUGGACCAACAGGCCUUUUCCGUUGGCCUGAACCAGGCCAUUGCCUUCACCGGAGAUGCCUACGAUGCCAUUGGAGAGCUCUUUGCUGAGCAGCCACGGCAGGACUUGGACCCAGUGAUGGAUUUAUUAGCGCUGUAUCAGGGACAUCUGGCCAACUUUCCAGACAUCAUUCAUGUUCAGAAAGGAGCUCUUACCAAAGUAAAGGAGAGUAAACGACAUGUGGAAGAAGGGAAAAUGGAAGUCCAAAAGGCCGACGGCAUUCAGGAUCGCUGUAAUACAAUUUCUUUUGCCACUUUGGCUGAAAUUCACCACUUCCAUCAAAUUCGAGUGAGAGACUUCAAAUCACAGAUGCAGCAUUUCUUACAGCAGCAAAUAAUAUUUUUCCAAAAAGUGACACAAAAGCUGGAAGAGGCUCUUCACAAGUAUGAUAGUGUUUAAUAUCUGAACUUUGAAUUCUAACUUCCCUCAGUUUGAGGGUGAUUUAAACAGAGUAAAAAUAACUGCUGUCAAAGAACUCUUGCCAACUGUCAGUGGUGGUACAAGGAUGGUUUUGUGUUCAACUGGAACCCAGCUGAAUAUAUAAUUAUGUAGGAAAGAAACAGUUAAUAUGGUUAUGUAAUAGAAACAGUACCACACAUUGUAGCUAAAUUAUACUAUGUAUGCCUACACUACCAUUGUAACUUUUGGAAUAAUGAUUAUACUAUUUGCCUUAUUGCUUUUUGAAGUAUGGGUAUUUUAGUGCAUACUUUGUAGACCUCAAAACCCAUUAAGGGUCUCAAAGAAGCUGGCUAGUUAAAAGCCUACUUUGGAUGCCUUUUUAUUCUUGUAGAUUUGGAUUAUCUAAAUUCAACCAAUUCUCU